AUGAUUCCAACAUCAAUUCCCAAAGAAGUGUUGGAAAACAUCUUGCAAGUAAUGGUGCACAUGCCUGGCUUAUAUAAGGAUUUCAACACGCCGCUUUGUUCAUCAACUAUGCGUUAUUUAUUGAAAUUUUAUGAAAAAACGACGCCGGAAAAGUCAGAUUAUUUUACAUCUCUCGUUGCAGCAUAUAAUCUUUCUUCAAAAGUUAAUGAAUGCGUUGUUCCAAUGCGGCAAAUUGUGAACGCCAUUCGAGAUUGGUUUGUUAAACCACAGUUUGCCGAAGCUGCUACAGAGUUGGGAUGUGGUGAUACAAAGGCAGAAAAAUUUUCUGAAACAUUAACUCAAAAUGCUGUUGCCAGAGAAAAAGAUAUAAUUAUUGCGUUAAACUUCAAUUUUUAUCUUCCAAAUGUUCAAGAUAUAGUUAUCAAAAACAUUUCAAGGAUUAUGUCUUGGCAUUACAAUAUCCAAACUAUAGAUAUCCACUCUUUUAUUUUUAAUGAUUGUUCUUCUACAUCAGAAAAAAUCCAGAAUGAAAUUCUCAUGCUAUCAGACUAUUAUUCAAUUCCACUGGAAUUGAUCGCUUUAACAGUAACCCAAAUAACUCUCGAAUUUUAUUACGAAAACUUUUCACCCGGUUGCCGUAAAUGGAAUUCCAUUAUCGCGCCGCAAAUCAAACAGGAAGAUUUUGAUCAUGCUUUGGCCGAAAUACGCCCUUACGUUUUGGAUAGUCUUGCAAAAAAGAAUAUAAAGCCACCGCUGAUUCCAGCCGUUUAUGUCGACUUCAGUCCAUUUUCAGAAUACAAAUCUGUUCCGAUCUGUCCCUCAGUUGCAAAUCAAGAACCGUUAUGUCCACCUCUUCCAUUGUUUCUUUUACAAAGAGUUUUACCACCUGAUAAUUCAAUAUUCCAUCACCACUACGCAGAUCAUCAGCCAUUAUGCCCUCCUUUCUCUGCAGAACUUAUGAAUUUUCCUCCUCAGCCUCGUUUCUCCACAAAAUCACUCGAAGAAAGCAGAAAGCAGAAGCGCAAAAGGAUGGAUGAUGAUCAUCGGAACUUCAGGGACGGAAGACCAAGAGAUCUUAGACAUUCUUACAGUUCAGAUAGAUUUAGAGAGGAUUAUCGACCACCAUCGCCAUAUUAUGAUGAUAGGUUCGGUCCUCGUCGUAGGCCUCCUUAUGAUGAUAGAAGAGAUGAGAGGAGAGACGACAGAAGAGAUGAUUAUUAUUCUAGAUAUGAUGAUAGAAGGCCAUAUCCAGAUGAAAGAGGUUUCCCGUAUAGAUGUGAUGAUGAAUUUCUGCCAGAUGAUCGCCAUAUGGAUCGAAGAAGACAUCAGCAAAAUUCAAGGAGAGAUUAUCCACCUCCACCCUCUUAUUCAUCAGAAAGAAAGCCUCAUCCAUCUCCAAUGAAGGAAAGAGAUCGUUCUCCACAAAGAAGACCUCCUCCACCACCACAUUCUCCGAAAAACAGGAAAUGA